AUGGAAUCGGGGCAGGAGAAUUGCAGCGCUAUGGCAGAAUUCAUUCUCGUUGGGUUAACAGAUGCCCCCGAGCUGAGAGUGUUUCUCUCCUUCCUAUUCCUUCUCAUAUAUACAUGCUCCUUUUUUGGCAACCUGGGCCUGAUGGCGCUGAUACGAGUCAGCUCGCAGCUUCACACCCCCAUGUACUUUUUCCUCAGCCACUUGUCCUUUGUGGAUUUUUGCUACUCGACUGUCAUUGUGCCAAAGAUGCUGGCUAAUUUCUUAAACAAGGAGAAAGGCAUCACUUUCUUGGGCUGCAUGGUGCAAUUCUACUUGUUUUGCACACUAGUAAUCACCGAGGUCUUCCUGUUGGCUGUGAUGGCCUAUGACCGCUUCCUGGCCAUCUGUAGCCCACUGCUGUACACAGUCAACAUGUCAGAGACUCUCCAGAAGUUGCUGGCUUCUAGUUGUUACCUCUUUGGAACUGUGUGUUCUCUGAUCCACCUGUGUUUAGCCCUUAAAAUCCCAUCCUACAGAUCAAAUGUGAUUAACCACUUCUUCUGUGACUUACCCCCACUUCUUUCUCUUGCUUGUGCUGACACCAGUCUGAAUGAACUCGUGAUAUACAUUGUGGCCACAUUCAAUGAGAUUGUCACCAUCGCGAUCAUAUUCACCUCCUACCUGUUUAUCCUUGUCACCAUCCUGAGGAUGCGCUCUGCAGAGGGAAGACGCAAAGCCUUUUCCACCUGCGCCUCUCACCUCACAGCCAUCAUUGUGUUCCAGGGAACAAUCCUUUUCAUCUACUGCCGGCCCAGCACUGGCAACUCUGCAGAUACUGACAAAGUGGCCACGGUUUUCUACACGGUAGUGAUCCCCAUGUUGAACCCCUUCAUCUACAGUCUAAGGAACAAGGAUGUGAAAGCAGCUCUCAAGAAACUGUUGGAAUCUAAAUUAUUGAAACAUCACUUUCAAAGCUAG